AUGGGUUUGACACUCUCCACCUCUCAGAAAUUCGUAUAUAGACGCCUCAAGGACUUUGUCAUCGAGCAUGGCCACCCGCUCGACAAAAAAUCAGCCAAAGCAUUAGCGAGGUGGCUAGACCGCCAGGGCUGUGCCAUAAACGAUAACAUCUCGAUGGACAAAUGGCAGGCCCUCGGGUAUAACCUGUGGCGGGACUCCGAACGAGGCAACAAAUUGGCUAAGCAAGCGUUAAUCGCUUGGAGACUCGUUCUGAUGGUGCUACAGCACCAAAUGAUGAACGCAAACACCAGUCUCACGAAGGACACAGUCAAGGACACUACAACCAAUACUGACUCAAACUGCACACAAAAUGGCGGGGAAGAGAUAGACACUGACACCACCUUAGAAGAUGGCGGGAGGGAGCGCGGAAGAAAGCUGCGUCGAGCCCGAAAUGGUGUCGAGGAGGGACCCCAGCGCCGCCCAGAGAGAAGGGGGGAGGGUGAAGAGCGCGAAAAACUUGCGCGGGAGAAGAAAAGGCGGGCCCCUGUAGCUCCACCCCAUGGGCCGCCUACCUCCCCUCCCACUCGUGGCGCGAGAAGUCCCUCCCCCGACGUGCCUUCGGACACACCCACUUCCGCCACCCCAGUCUCCUCCCCGGAUGUGUCUCCCUCACGACACCGGCAGGAAGCAGUGGGCGGGGCUAGGGCAAAGGCCAAGUUGUCCUUCCGGAAAGAUGGCCGCGCCCGUAGGCCCCAUAACACCAGGGCCUACCCCGCUCACCGGGACUCGGACUGUGAUGAUGGGUGGGCACCGCGUUCCCCGGAAAGGCAACCCUCCGUACCUGACAUCUGGGAGGCCUUCCGGGAGGAAGCUGCGCGGGCUCAGGACGUAGAAUUUCUCAGGGCAUUUCCGGUUUACUACGAGGAGGGGAAACCCCCCGAGUGGAGACCGGUGUCCUAUCCUAUGCUCAAAGACAUUAAAAAGGCAAUCGUAGAGUACGGGUUGGGGGCCCCAUUCACUAUUGGCCUCUUGGAAUCCUUUUUCCUUGCCUAUACCUUAAUCCCCUAUGACAUUCGGGCCAUCAUAGGAGGGCUUUUCACCACCGUUCAAGCCUCGGUUUUCGAGGCUGAAUGGAAAAAACGUAUCGUUGCCUUUGUCAACGAAAAGAUGGAAAGAAGGGGGAUUCCAACAAGGCAGGCCAUUGACAUGCUUUAUGGGGAAGGGAAUUACUCUAGCAGGGGGGAUCAAACUCGAUUGGACUCCAAAUUGUUAAACACAACUAAAGAAUUGGCCUUAGAAGCAGUAAAAAGAGUGGCGGACGCAUACGUGCAGGCGCCCUCUUUUACGCUGAUUAAUCAGGGAACCAAAGAGCCUUUCGUAGAUUUCAUUACAAGGCUCAAAGAAGCGAUUGCUCGGCAAGUCCAACAAAAAGAAUCUCAGGAAAUUUUAUUCAACAGAUUAGUGAUUGAAAAAGCAAAUGAGGACUGCCAGAGGGUUUUAAAAAUGCUGAAGGACCCCACCCUGCUGGAAAUGAUUGAGGCUUGCAAAAAUGUGUAUUCCAAUGCCAAUAAAGCAAGAGUCAUGGCCGCUGCGUUUUCGGGGCCCCAACACUGCUUCGAAUGUGGGGAAAAGGGUCAUUUUCGUAAACAUUGCCCAAAGUUCAGGUCGGAGCCCAACCUACCGAACACCUUGUGUCGCAGGUGUGGGAAGGGGCGCCAUUGGACCUCCAAUUGUAGGUCCAAGACGAACCUUAAUGGCGAACCCCUUUCCCCAAAACAAUCCCCAAAGCUCCGAAAGAAAGUGAUGUUUUCAUCAAUGCCUAAUUUAAGUCACUGUCCCUGCGAGCAGUCGGGAAACGGGGAGCUGAGCGCCAGGGGGGGCGCGAUGACACAAGUUGCCCCCCACUCCAUCUUGCGCCAGCCACGCCCAGUUACCCCGUAG